GGCACAGCCACGGCCUCAGCCGCCUCCGAGCGGUGGAAGGGAGCAGCUGGUGGCUCCGCUGCGUCUGGGCGGGCCACUUUCCUGCGACCCCGCUCCUCUCCUCUUGACGGAGAUCUCCCUCUGUGCCCCUCCGGGAGCCCCAGGUUCAAACCUCUGGAAAAGACAUGGAAGAAUUUUUGCAACGCGCCAAGUCCAAACUGAAUCGAAGCAAACGCUUGGAGAAAGUCCAUGUGGUUAUUGGACAUAAAUCCUGUGACUUGGAUUCUCUAAUUUCUGCCUUCACGUAUGCUUACUUUCUAGACAAGGUUGGUCCACCGGGGGUUCUCUGUCUGCCAGUGCUGAACAUACCAAGAACUGAAUUCAACUACUUCACUGAGACGAGGUUUAUUUUAGAAGAGCUAAAUAUCUCUGAAUCAUUCCACAUAUUCCGAGAUGAAAUUAAUCUGCAUCAGCUCAAUGAUGAAGGGAAAUUAUCUCUAACGCUUGUUAGCAGCAAUGUGCUGGCAAGUGAGGACAAAAAUUUAGAAUCAGCAGUUGUCAAAGUCAUUAAUCCAGUUGAGCAGAGUGAUGCUGGGUUUGAGUUCCGAGAGUCUUCCUCCUCCCUCGUGGUGAACGAGAUUCUCCAGGAGGCUCCCGAGCUCAUCAAUGAGCAACUGGCUCAUCUCCUCAGAGGUAGCAUACUUUUCCAGUGGAUGACCAUGGAAUCAGAGAAGAUCUCAGAGAAACAGGAGGAAAUUCUUUCCAUCCUGGAAGAGAAAUUUCCUAACUUGCCUCCAAGAGAAGACAUUAUCGACAUCCUGAAGGAGACCCAAUCUAGUGCUCAGGGUUUAAGUAUUGAACAGGCAAUGCUGAAAGACCUAAAGGAACUGUCGGAUGGGGAAAUAAAAGUGGCCAUUAGCAAUGUGAGCAUGGCCCUGGAGAUUCUCAUGCAGUUGCAGUCAGAUGGAGGUCAACUCCGAGGUGAACUGGAACUGUCAACUGGCUUGGCAGUUAGCUACGGAGAGUGA